AUGCAUCAAAAUUUGGCAUCCAAAUUUGACAUCCAUAUCCAGUUCAACAACAGGAAGCGUCAAACAAGUGGUAUCAUGAUUACUAUUCACAACAACAAGCAAAUUGGACAACAGCGCUGUCGCAACUAUUAUGCUUCAAACUCGGAAUCAGAAACGAUGCAACUGAAAAAACUCCAGCAAACAAACAAGCGUUUAUGCAAUGCACAUUGUGUAUGCUACACCAACAACAUCAUUGAUGGUCAAUACACACAAGUAUUGUUGAUGUACACUUUGAGUUCCAAGACUGUAUUUUUUGUAGCGGGAAAGUCGUUGGAAAGCUGCACAUUGAGUUGA